AUGCAGGCUUUUGUGCUUACAGGAGGCAAAACAGUACCCAAGAACAGGAGACCGCGGUUUGACCUCACACUGAGUAUCAUCGACCUCAGCAAUAUUCCCUUAGUCUGCGGGACUUCAUAUGUGAAAUGGCAUCUGCCAUCCUCAAUAGCAGCUGAGCAUCGCGGCCACACAGACCGGGCUGUGAUUCAAGACCAUCGAGCAUCAUGGGAUUAUGAGAAAGUCCUACCUGUCAAGCUCACCAUAGACCGAAAUCAUAUGCUUCAAGAGUGCGAUAUCUCGUUUGAGAUUCUUCAGGAGUUCUCCUCGGGAAGUCGCGGUGAUCGUAUGACUUUAGGCCAUAUCAAGCUCAACCUGGCUGAAUAUGUUGAUAAGAGUGACGAUGACACGGGCGUUGUUAGACGCUAUUUGAUGCAAGAUAGCAAGAUUAAUAGUACCCUCAAAGUAGGGAUAAUUAUGCGACAACUCGAAGGAGAUAAAAAUUAUAUCACUCCUCCGUUAAAGUCAGCCAUGGUAUUCGGUGGUAUUGCUGGCAUCUUACCUCCUGAACAUGGCGAGAUUGAAGAACCAGGCAGUCUGCCAUCGAUCAAUACUAGUCGAGAAGCCGGAGAUUUGCAAGACAUGUAUCGACGCACUUUAGCUGCGUCAUGGACAACUCAUAGCGACGAACUAUUACCAGAUCUCUUAAUUGAAGACUUGUUCGCGGGCGGCCGUGGUUAUCGGUCCACAGGACCAGGCGCCAGGUCAGGACGAGCAGACGACUACGACGACAAUAGUAUUAGCGACGCUGCAUCUCGUAUAACGGUGCAAGAAGGUCGGCUGUCAUCAUCCAACCCAGACAAAAGGCCGAAGAGCUCUUUGAGCAGUCGCUCAAGGUCAGAUAUGAGAGGAGACACGCUGGCGGAAAGUGCAUCUCUAAGUGGCAGCACUAUUAGCAGUGGGAAAGGAAGUCUCGAGAGUUCGUUUCAAGAUGUCAAAGAGAAGACAUGGAAGAGUACUAGGGGUGCUCAUGAGGUUUCCGAAUUUGAUGUGCGAGAAGACCUAAGAACGUGGGAAAUCACUGUGAAUGAUUGA